AUGCCUACAGACAACAAUAUGUUGGAUGAUAUACAGAACAUUCAAGAACUGGAUGAUCAGAACAUGAAAGAUCUGGCUGACUUAAAGAAGGAAGAAACAGAUUCGGCGAUCCCCGAGGAAACAAAAUCUGAGAAUGACGGUGAUGACGAAGACAACGAUUCGGAAAAAAAUACAGACCAGCAGGUGGACAAAAUAGACAAGGAUUCACCUGGAAAUAAGCAGAUGCCCCAACUUCCACCAAACAUAAAACUAAAAGCUACUGCGUACGAUCGAGACCGCCUGAUCAUGGAUCGCUUUGGCCACACACACUUUAUCGGUAACUUUGGAACUGCUUCAUUAUUGAACGGGCUAUGUGAUAUUAUUAUCAAACGGUCUUUUAGCGUGAAGCCACCUAUCUCGACCCAGGAUAUUCGAAAUAGUUCUGUCCAAACGAUUACAUCUGAAAACGAACCCGUUUACCAAUAUCCGACACAUCUAUAUAAUUUGGAUACCAUAAACAUCAAUCGGUUCCCUUUGAUCAACUUGCUAAAGAGAAAGGAGGCUGACAUCUACAAAAACGUUUUCUUCGAGAAAGUUCAUCCAUACUAUUUCAUAUUCAACAUAUUCAAGUUUGAUGAGAAGUACGAAAUCUUUUGGCAAGAGAUUGCCAAAACAGAUGUUAAGACAGACGAGCCAUUUCCAUUGAAGAUUGGGAGCGCCGAGAUAUGCUGUAUAUACAUGGUCUGGAUACUUGGCAGACGGUUUCAGCUAUACACGAAUCCACAAGAUCUUCCCGCGGACUCUGAAUUAAACGAUGACCUAAUAGGACGUUACAUUGAUAUCAUCAAAUUGUCUCUUUCGGACAUCGUUUUAACACCAACUUUGGAUGGUAUUCGAUUGCUUAUUUUAUUGUCUGUUUACCUAUCUAGCAUCAAGGUCCGCGAAAGUGGGUAUUGCUUGAUGCAAAUGGCAGCCAUUCAAUGCAAGAGUUUGGGAUUGCACAGAAAAUUUAUUGUGGAUAAGUUUAACGAUGAAAAAGCAGACGAAAUGAAGCGUAUCAUGUGGUCGUUGACCAAAAGCGAGACCACGUUGUGUUGUUCGUUUGGAAGAGCCAGUGCGAUACCUUGGGAAGAAGUGGAUGUUGAGCUACCUACCAUGUCAGAUGUCGAUAACGACCUCUUCAAAAUCUACUAUGUUCAGAGCUGCAAGUUAACAAGGAUCAUUUUUCAAAUUCUAGAUAACAAGCGCAAAUCCUCUAGAGAACCAUUGUCUUUAGUAAGCAUCGAAAAACUACUUCUUUUCCAAAAGCAAUUACACAAGUUUUGGGAUCGCUUGCCGGAAGAUUGGAAGGAUUACAAAUCCUUACCUGUUCGUCGUUACAAACCUAAGCUGCAUAUUCAAUUCCACUACUACUUUAUCACAUUGACACUACCCAUUUUCAUGCAUAUUGUAAGCACACAGUCUUCCAUUAUCAAUCGUGAUGAUCCUAUACAAUCACUUCUCGUGAAUGGAAUCAAGUCCUCUUUCAAGACAGCAGAAAUCUUGACUUACACCGAUUCCAACGGUUUUUUCAACGGAACACUGUAUUACGAUGUCUUCUAUUCUUAUAACGCUAUCAUGGUUCUUACGUUAACCUACAUCUUGUUCAAAAGUCCAAAGGGGAAAACUGCGAAAAGUAUUCUUGACCUCGAGUAUAUGGACAAGGAGCAUGACAUUAAUUUCUCAAGUCUCAUGAAAGCAAUCAAUCUGAUCAGAAAUCUCAUUUUGAACAACCUUCAUCAAAUUGACGGAACUAUGAGAAGAAUAAGUGAUAUUAUCGAGACGCUAUUGGAAGAUCUAGGAAUAAUCCAGAUCCUGGUCAAGGAAUUUAAUGCACGCCCUAGCAAUGUACGAAAAAUAGAGGGAAGAAAAGAGAGUGGCAGCACAAGUGUCAAUGGGGGAAUCAUCCCUGGCUACUAUCGUAAGCUGCGUAUGAACGACAAAACAAAAGCCAAAAGACGUCGCCUGGAAAAAAAUGUGGAGGAACCAGGUUUGUUGCCUCCUUCUCCUUACCCACAAGAGGUGACACAAGACCAGCCUAGCCUACCAUACUCGUCAAUAUUCGAUUUCCCAAAAUCUCAGAAUUCAUCGUCAACUAACAUUGCAGGCCAGGUUCCCAGCUUUGAAAUUCCUCUCUAUGAUGAUUUCAGACCAGAGAAGCAACCCGAAAGCUCAAGAUCUUCAACACCUGCUGGCCUGGAUGUGAAUGAGGCGUUGAACUCCAUACUUGAUACAGAACUUAUGGAGGUUCUCUUUGGCGCCGAUAUGGGGGUAGCGAAUCCUCGAGCGGCUAGCAAUGACCUGUGA